AUGGCAACUCUUCCCGAUGAUGUGGAAUCUUUGCAUAAACGAAUUCAGUUGAGUGAGGAAUGGAAUAUGCGGCUGCAGAGUCAGAUUCAGGAACUUUUGCGUCUCUCGCACAAUGAAGUAAAGACGAUGCGUGAUCGAAUGCAGAACCCUGAUAUUGCUAUUCCACUCCUGCAGUGCUACGAUGCCACCAUUCUGGAGAAGCAGGAGGAAAAUGAAAAACUGCAGCGGGAAGUGGACAAGUUGAAAUUGAUGCUUCAGGCGGCCAACGACGAGCUGGAGGAGACACGUGAGGCCGUUCGCAUGGCGGAGGCACAACUGAAGGAGCUACGCAUGCAGGCACAAGAAGAACACAACAGCCUGGAAAACGCAAAACACGAGGUUGAGCGUGAAGCUGCACUGGUGCGACAGCAGUUGGCCCGCUCACUUGACGCGGAGGCCGCUCUAAAACGAGAAGUGGAUCAGCUGAAGCGAGAGCUGAACAUGGCACAAGGCGAUGUGGCACAUUUUCAGCGGGACACCGUCACAUUAGGGGAGGAGGCAAAACAGACACAGAGUCGACUCAAAACAAUCGAAAAUGAAAAAGAGGAGACACAGCAACUUGGGGAGUUGCAACGCAUCCAGCUUCAGCUGUUAAGCAGAGAAAACGAGGACAAGCUUCAAGAGUUGGAGCGAAUACGGCAUAGAAUGGUACAGGCGCUGCGCCAGUCAUCCGAUAAUCAUGUGGCUCACCUACGUGUUGUGGAGGAGAAACACCGAGAGGUGGUGGAAGGAAUGCGCACACAGUUGAAUGCACAGGAGAUGGAGGUGCAGAAACUGCGUGCGCAGUUGGCUCGUAUGGACGCAGGCAGUAAAGGUAGUCGCUAUGCCACGAGCCUCCGCACAACUACAGAGCUUUUGGAGGCGCAGACACGAAAAGCUCAAGAAAUGGAGCUGAAACGUCUCUAUAGCGAGCUAUCGAACCUGCAGCUUCAGAGGGACGACGCAUUGCUUCGAUAUGAGCAACUUUCAAGUAGUUUGCGUCGCGAGGAGGCGGAUCGUCUUAGUGAGGCGCAGCGGGAAACGCAGGGACUGCGGCAGAAGCUGCGUGAUCAGGAGCAAAGCUAUGAGCAGCUUGACACUGAGAAGAACCGUAUGAAGGAGGAACUACGUGUGCUCCGUGAGAAGUGCAAGAGCCACGCCAGUGAAUUGCAGCGUGCCCGACAGGAGAGGGAUCAAACUCUUAAAAAGAUGGAAGAGCUGCGCCGCGCUCUUGCGACAGCCGAAGAGACAUGUGAACGCCUGCGUUCCGAGGCGAAGAACGACACGGCAAAGGAGCGCCAGCGUGUUCACGAGCUUGAGCAGCACUUUGAUGAGGUACUGCGUGACAUGCAGGCAUCGAAAGACCGCGCGAACGCCUCAAUGAUUGCGAUGGAACGACAGCGGGAUGAACUUCGCAAGGAACUUGCGGAUUCGCAAGAGCGUUUGACGGCGGUGCAGGCGCGAUUGUCGGCGCGUGACCGCGAGGCUGAGGUGCUGGCGGCUAAAGCUGAACAUCUGCAGGAGGCCGUGCGGAUGAACCAAAAGCAAGCAUUGUCAUGUAACGAACGCGUGCAGCAGCUCUUGGCGCAGGACGAAGAGAAGUCUCGGCAAUUGCGGGAGAUGACGUUGAAAGUGGAGCGUCUCCAGUGGGAACGUGCUCGCAUUUCACGAGCUCAUGAUAGACUCUUAGAAGACGUGAAUAGUCGAUUUUACUGA